GUUCCAUCUAAGUUACACACCAAGUAUCUAUGUGACAUACUAUGGCAGCUACUAACAUCACAGGGUGACCCUGUAUUUUUGCCACCCACCACGUGAUAUCAGGAAUGUAGGACUAUCCGGUAUGUUUUGGAUAUGUUCGAACGGUACGAAACACACAGCGGGAAACCCCCCCACACAGAUGGAUCAGAGCUCUGACAGACCCUCCUGCUUGUAUUGUGCGUAUCGCACCAACCUUACACCCUAAAAGAGUCUCGGUCAACACCUCAGCUUAUCCAGGGUAACGCUGCGUAUGAAAAUCACAGCAUAUAUUCCUCCACCACCCAAGAUCCUGUAAAGUUCGGCGUAUCUACACCGUACCGUAGAAGCAAUUCGUCAACCCGCACCUCCUUCGCUACUCCCUUACUGCCAUGAACACGCACGAAAUUCCUCUUUUUAGCAACAUCCUUCCGUUAGAAAUUGUCGAGAAGAUCGUCUCCUACCUACCACUUCCCGUAGCCUUCGAAGUGGCGAAAUCGGAGAAUGCCAGUCUCGCUUCCGUGGCUCGGAGACGCUACUACUCAAAUAUUAAAUUGACCUUCUACGAGCCUCCGGAUGAUGGUUACUCUCAUAUGGGUAAUGAGGUCCUCAGCAUGAAGAUAUCCAGGUUUGAGGCCUUGGUAAACAGCAAUACGUUUGACCAGCUUCAUAUUAAGAAGCUCUUCAUAGAUGUAUACACACACGUUGAAAAUUUUACCUUCCUCCGCGAAAAAGUGUUCACAAAAGCGUCAUCAAUUGUCACCGACGUUAUUCUAAAGUUUACCACGGAUGGGGAGUGGUAUUGGACAUUCAGCUGGGACUGGUUACCACCUUUGCCCCUGGUGCAGGAACGUAUCCGAGAAAUAUCCGUUUGGUACCCUUAUAUUGAUCCGGAUGUAACACCUUUGCCUUCCAGCUUGCGUAAGCUUGACCUUCAAUACCACUAUCAAUAUGGGGACGAUGAUGAUGAUAAUGAUGAAAUUGCUCCAAGAAUUGUUUUUCCUCCAAAUCUCCAAGAAUUUGUUUCGAAGAUCCCCUGGGGAUCGAUGUCAGCGUACACCAACCUCCCUUCAACCUUGCGGAGAUUGGUGCUAGAGGAUGUCUUGGGAUUUUCUGUCGAGGCCUUCAACGAGCUAAACUUGCCCAAUUUGAAAUAUUUGCGAUUAAAAACCAUUCCUGACGUUACAGAGAUCAACGAAAAAUUUGAAUUUCCCUCGCUGUUGGAGAACUUAAAACUCUACGAGCUUACAAUUACUAACUUCGAACAACGGAAACUACCUCCAAGAUUACAAAAGAUAUCCAUCGCAAGAUGUCCCUUGAAGAAGUUUCGCGUGGAUACAUUCCCGAAUUCCGUCAAGGAGUUGAUAUUAGACGAUAUAGACCUUCCAUCAUCUGAGAUCCGCAUUCUCAAGUUUCCUCCGAGAUUGAUCUCCUUACAGAUUGCGCGCUCCCAGUUAACAUCGCUAGAUUUUGUUAGCUCGUUACCCGGGUCCUUAAAAUCUCUUUGUCUCCACAGCAAAUCCCUUGGUAUCUUGAAUAAAACAGACGAAAGUUCGGACACUGCAAGGACAUGCCAAGUCAAGUUCCCCGAGGGUCUCCAGGAGCUUAAUCUCGAGAGAAACCGUUCGUUAUUUAUCCUGUAUUCGCCAAGAAAUCUAAUCUUUCCCCCGAACUUGAAGGAUUUGAAUCUCGGGGACACGGAUUUGAGUCCAGUCAACGAGCUCAACCUUCCACCAACAUUGAACUCUUUAAGAUUGUGCUCCAAUAGCUUAGUCUCACUUGAAGGGCUCGAUCUUCCACCAGGAUUGAACUCUUUAGACUUGAGCAACAAUAAUUUUGUCUCGGUUGACGAGCUUAAUCUUCCACCAGGAUUGACUUUCUUAGAUUUAAACUUCAAUAGUUUGAUCUCGGUUAAAGGGCUCGGUCUUCCACCAAGCUUGAUCUCUUUAAGUUUAUGCUCCAAUAAUUUGGUUUCGGUUAAUGAACUCGAUCUUCCACUAACGUUGACCUCUUUAGACUUGAGUUUUAAUAGUAUUGAACGACUUUCAAAGAGACUACCAGACAACAUUCAACUAUUGAAUCUUGAGCAUAACCAAUUGAAAAAAUUGGUAAACUUCCACCUUCCGGUGAAUUGUACCGAGCUUAAACUCUCGUAUAAUCCACUCCAGAAGCUCCAAACCUCCAAUGCAAAUGACCCAAAAUUGAAACUUCGAGAUUUCUGUUUAAACGAAGUCGCCAUUACCGCACUCUGUGAUAUUUCUCCCCUCCCGCAAGGUCUCACUGACUUUUCAAUAAAUAAUACAAAUAUCGGCUCCUUAUCAGGAAUACUGUUUCCUGCGGGGCUAAUCUGUUUGUGUGCGUACAAUGACCAGAUAGUUUCUUUGGAAAAUGUUGAGUUCCCACCACAUUUAGAAGAGUUGUGUCUCCUGAGAAAUCAAAUAUCCAGUUUGGCCAAUAUCUGUUUUCCGGACAGUCUACUUAAGUUGGAGCUUGAUAAAAACAAGUUUAUGUCAAUUGAUGACAUACAGCUUCCUCCAAAAUUGAAAGAAUUGGAUUUUGCAUGGAACGCGAUUAGUGCAAUCAACGAGCUACAGUUGCCCGAAUCCCUUGAAAGGUUGACUUUAAUGGAGCAAAGGUGUGAUAUUCCACUUAAUCGUGUUUCCACCCGUGGAGACUCAUCGAUGAGCUCCAGUUCAUCUGAGAAGAAGGGGUUGUCGAGCCUUGCAGGAUUAACCAAACUUCCGCCAAAAUUGGAGUAUUUAAAUCUAUAUGGGAACAGUUUGUCGGGACAGGCCGUCCAACACUUGGUGUUCCCAGCCAGCUGGAUAAGAUUACUCAUCUAUGAUAACUCAUUUGACGAUUAUUAUCAAUGGAAGGAAAAAAUCAAGCAGACACAUCCAAGAGUGUCGUUUGAUUAGUGAAUUGGAAUUUUAGGAAAAACUCCUGUCUUUCGAGUGCUAACCAUGAUUUAAGGGGUAACAAUAGUAAGGAAUUGGCGUAGGUAAAAGUGAUUCUAGAAUAAUAUGUAGCUAAGGAUAAAUGCUGCCC